CCUUUUUUUGUUUCGUCGAAGAAUUGAUCAACCUUUACCAAACGGCUCACAGUACCUGGUAAAUGCUGUAUUUACAGCGCAUCUAUUAGUUCUGGUCUAGUCUUGGUUUCUUUUUUAGACUGUAGCAUUUCCACCAAAAACUAAACAGCACAAACAUAAAAAAAUGCCAUCAGAAACCUUCCUGCUGGCAAUCUCACACGCCGUCUCAGGCUCAAUCGGCACCGCCACCUCGACGGCGGCAACCUACCCCUUGGACCUGGUCAACACCCGGCUCAAGGUGCAACGGCAGCUGGCACGCGACGGCACCAUCCCACCCAGCGAGACCUACGAUGGACCCAUCGACGCGUUGAAGGCCGUGUGGAGGCGCGAGGGCGGCCUCGCCGGCCUGUACGCGGGCCUCGGCUCGGACCUGGCAAAGUCGGUGGCCGACUCGUUCCUCUUCUUUCUGUUUUACAACUGGUUCCGCGCCAGGAGGCUGGCGAGGCCCGGUAACGCCCGACGCAGGCGCAUGGGCGUCGUCGAGGAGCUGGCCGUCGGCGCCGUCGCCGGAGCCUGCGCCAGGGGGCUCACCAUGCCCGUCGCCAACGUCGUCACGAGGAUCCAGACCGCGGUAUUAGUCGGAGGCGGUGGCGCGGGGGAUGAUCGGAGCGCGCUCGCGGUUCUGAGAGAGUUGCUGCGCGAGAGGGGCGUCGCGGGCCUGUGGGCGGGCUACUCGGCCGCGCUGGUGCUGACGCUGAACCCGAGCAUCACCUUCUUCCUAGACCAGGCGCUGCGCAGCUCGCUGGCGAGCGGGGAGGACAGGCCCGACGGCGGUCUGGUGACGUUCUUUGUGGCGGCGGUCAGCAAGGCCGUGGCCACGGCGGCGACCUUUCCGUUCCAGAUCGCAAAGGCGAGGCUGCAGGUGUCGUCGCCGUCGCGGCCGUCGUCGCCCGCGCCCCACGCCACCAUGAGCGAAGGAUUGGCGAGCGGCGGCAAGGACGGGAAAAGUGGCGGCGCCGUCUCGGUCGAGGAGGCGGCCCGGAUCGCGGCGGUCAAGGCAAAGUACUCGCUGAGCAACAGCAUACGCAGCCUGGCCAGGGAUAACAUAUUCACGACGGUGUCGCGGAUAACGCGCGAGGAGGGCGUGGGUGCGCUGUACGAUGGGUUAGGGGGCGAGCUGCUCAAGGCGUUUUUCAGUCACGGCAUCACCAUGUUGUCCAAGGACGCAUUCCACAAGGUGUUGGUGAGGCUCUACUUUGCACUCCUUGCUCUGUCGAGCUUACUCAAGCAAAGACGCAAGGAGUUGGGGGCUCACGGCGCGGGAGAGGCGAGUGGGAUCGCUGGGGUUGUUCUGUCACUGCCGCUGUCUGUGAGGAGACAAAUAGAGCUGCUACUCUUCACGUUAUUGGGCAACAGUCAAAGGUUGACCAAAACAUAGGGGGUUGAAGGGAUAAGCCAUAUUGUACGAGCCAUGAAGCAUAUCAUACAAGCGACGAUUUCAUUUUUUUUAUUAUAGGCAUUACAUGUGUCAUUUGCUCUGUUGAAUACAUUGACACCUCGCGAUGCCCAUAUUCUAAUGUUCUAAAUCUACAACGUGAAUAUGCAUUCAGCACUGAAACGCCACACCAACC